AUGUCUUCCACCAUCGUGGUGGGAAACACCCUUGUGGGCUGUUCCCCAACACCUCGGGCUGCCUUUGUCUCUGAUACACGGCUUUUGAAAUCCACCUUCAACUGGUUCUGGACACGGGUGAGAAACAGGGCAGAAGCCUGCAAGGCAAACAUAAAUGACCCCCUCAGUGCCCUGGUCACCCCAGUCCACCUUUAUAACCCCUGGAGCCACCUUAUUCCUUGGCCACGUCUUAAUUCAGAGCUCGCCCUUGGUUUGUCCUGCCCCUUUGGAGGCUUUGAGAAGAGUGGGCAGCCUCGUGUGGAGGCAGAGGUUGUCCUUUUUUUGAGAGGACACUGGCUGCAGCAGGGGAAGCAGCUGGGAGCCAUCUCGGUGCGGCACCGCGGGGCUCGGGAAACGGCCGGGUACCCAGGGCUCCGGGAAGGGCUGAGGGGCAAGACAGAGAGACAGAGCAAAGCGAGCCCAGAGGGUGCCCCGGGAGGCGGUGGCAGGGGACAGAAGGACCUGCAGGUUCACCCUCUGGAGGGGUACCGGGCUGAGGGAAGCCUGAGCCUCGCGGACGUUUUCAUCGCGGUGAAGACAACCAAGAGAUUUCACCGUAGCAGGAUGGAGCUGCUCCUGGACACGUGGAUAUCCCGAGCAAUGGAGCAGGGCAAGGGAGCGGGAACAGGGAGGGAGUUCCUUGCCAGCGUGGCUCUCCUCUCGGUGCGGCACCGCGGGGCUCGGGAAACGGCCGGGUACCCAGGGCUCCGGGAAGGGCUGAGGGGCAAGACAGAGAGACAGAGCAAAGCGAGCCCAGAGGGUGCCCCGGGAGGCGGUGGCAGGGGACAGAAGGACCUGCAGGUUCACCCUCUGGAGGGGUACCGGGCUGAGGGAAGCCUGAGCCUCGCGGACGUUUUCAUCGCGGUGAAGACAACCAAGAGAUUUCACCGUAGCAGGAUGGAGCUGCUCCUGGACACGUGGAUAUCCCGAGCAAUGGAGCAGACCUACGUCUUCACCGAUGAAGAAGACGAUGCCCUGAAAAGGAGAAUGGGCAACCAUGUGGUCUUCACCAACUGCUCUGCCGAACACAGCCACCUGGCCCUCUCCUGCAAGAUGGCUGCUGAGUUUGAUGUCUUCUUGGCCAGUGGCCAGAGCUGGUUUUGCCAUUUGGAUGACGACAACUACCUGAACCCUCAGGCCCUCCUGAAGCUCUUGUCAUCCUAUUCUGCGACGUGGGACGUUUACCUGGGGAAACCCAGCCUGAACCGACCCAUCCGGGCCUCUGAAACGCUGCCAAACAACCAGACGAAAUCUGUGAGCUUCUGGUUUGCCACAGGAGGGGCUGGGUUUUGCAUCAGCCACAAGCUGGCAAGCAAGAUGGUGCCGUGGGCCAGUGGCAGGGAACUCCCGAGCACUUCCGAGCUCAUCCGCCCGCUCUUCCAUUCCCACCUGGAGAACCUGCAGCUCAUCCCCCCCUCUCAGCUCACUCAGCAGGUCACCCUCAGCUAUGGUGUCUUUGAGAACAAGCUCAAUGUUAUUGAACUCAGUGGCCCCUUCUCACCCCAAGAGGACCCCUCAAGGUUUCGAUCGCUCCACUGCCAUCUCUAUCCUGACACCUCCUGGUGCCUGCAGGCUGUUGGCUGGUGA